GCUGCUCCAUCUUCCGCUCGGUGCGGUUCUGUCAGGAAACCAGAAGCGGAAAAAGUGGCGUCGUGUGAGCUCAGGUGGAAAAAUCGCCGUAGCUGUUGCGUGCUGCGUGAUGUGUGCGUGUAAGUUAAUUCCAUUCGUUUGGCGUGUUUUAGUUGCGUAGAACCCCGUGCAGGCUGGAUGCUUAUGCGUUAUCGUGAACGGUGCUGGUAGAGCAUUUCCCCCCCAACCCCAUUUGGUAGGAAAUUUGUCAACAAAUACCAAAAAAGGAUAAGCGAUAGCACAUCGGCGGACACGGACACAUUGAAAAUCAGCUGACCGACGUGGAGUUCGCUGCCGGUCGCGAGACAAGGUCUCUUCACCCUCAUUUCGUCGCGGUUUGUCGGCCCGAGCAAGCUGCACUUGAGUUUCAUCUAGUGGGCAGUGAUUCCAGAUCCUGGGCAUUCCAGACCCCCCCCCCUCUGGAUAGUGAGUGUGUGGUGCAGUGGUACACUUGAUUAUGUAAAGCCGAAACGUGUUUGACCACCAGAAGUGUGUGUGUGUGUUUGUGUCCACACAUCGGUCGGUGCAUCAGUGUGAACUAUUAGCCGCUUAAACAAUCACCGGCCGAGAUUAACUCUUUCAAGGGCUGGGCGGAGAAGGCAAAAAGAGGUCACUGACGGCGGCGGCGGCGACGAUGACACUUUUUUUUCGUAAGCCGAGGGCCGCGCGUGACAGUGGCAACAUCAAAUAAUCCAAACCCAGUCUGUGGUUCCGCCUGUGCGUGCGUGUGAUAAUGCAAUUGGGGCCAAAGUGCGCACGAUUUAAGGGUUCGGGCGGAAUCGGAAACGCGAACGUGCGACGAGUGUAGUGUUGGCUGGCAAUGUGUGCUGUACUGUACGCACAAGCAAGGGAAUUACAAACACUACAACUCCAGUGACCAGUGACGAAAUCGGGAGGAAACGAAUCAUAUUGGAAAACGAAACCGAAGGAAAAAAUACGCAAACAAAAUCUCCUCCAUUGUAAUAUGCAGUGCCACGUGAGUUGCAGCGAGUUCGUGCACCGUCUAAUCUACAGAGAUUGCUGCUGCUGAAUCAGCCAUGGCGGAUAGAAACGGAAACAUGAAGGGAUUCCAGCUACAGCAACAGCAGACUCAGCGUACCAAAGCACCCGACGGAGGCUGGGGAUGGAUGGUCGUAUUUGCCUACGGGCUCGCCAACAUUAUGAUCGUGCCGGUGCUGCAAAGUUUUGGGCUAAUCUUCCGCGACACCUUCCGGGAGAUCGACAUUUCGGCCACGAAAGCGUCGAUCAUCAUCAAUUUGGCUUCCGCCGUCGGGAUGGCGCUCGGUUUGUUCAACGGUCCGCUGCUACGACGGUACGGCUUCCGGAAGCUGGCCGUUGCCGGUGGGUUCCUGUUUUCCGCCGGCCUCAUGCUCACCUCCUCGGCCGUACAUUUCGCGCACUUCAUCAUUACGUACAGUAUUAUAUCAUCUCUUGGGAUGGGAUUCUGCAACUCGUCCUUCUCGCUCGCACUAAACACAUACUUCGUGGUGCGCCGUAACAAGGCGGCCGGCAUUGCGAUGACCAUCACCGGGCUCGGGCCGAUACUUCUGCCCCAGUUGGUGUCCCUGCUGCUCACGCUGUACGGUGCCCGGUACUGUCUGCUGAUUAUCGGUGCACUGGCCACCCAUAUCAUUGCUGGCGCGUUGCUCCUCCAGCCCGUUAAGUGGCACACCUUGCCCGCACCGUCGCCGCCACCAGCCGAUCAGCAGGACGCAAUGCUGCCCUGCCCUCCGCUUCCGGAGGUAAAAAUCGUCCCAAUCGAGUCCGGUGCCGAUGACGGCGCCGACGAGGCGAAGGAAGAGGACGAGUUUCUCGAGAAGGGCAGCUACAUCGAUCACGAUCUCGAUGCACAAAGUGUUUACGGGUUCGAGCUGACCUCACAGAUACGGCAGCGGGAAUCGUUCUCUCAACCGCCGGGAGGUUUCAUAACCGCUGCACCCAGAAUUCAGCGAGCGAAAAGUGAAGUUCUUGCACCCGCUCAGCAGUGUGCGUUGGAGACGCGCUCGCUCAAGGUGGAAUCAUCCACCGCCCGCCCGUUACGCUGGUUCCAGUCGGGAUCGGCAGAGAGUGUCCAUCUCGGCAGCUCGCUCACCAUGUGGGACGAUCGUAACUCGUCGCUUACGCUGGCCGAGGAGACGCAAUCGCAGCAGCAGCGACGUCCAUCGCAGCGGCGCUUUUCGAGCUACAUCAAUGUGCGGUUUUCGCCGGUCCCGAAGCGUUGGUUCGAGGGAUCGGCCGACACGGUCAAUCUCGGCAGUUCGAUGAAAAUCUUCGACGAACGGUACGCCGGACCACGGCGCGGUUCCCUCGGUAGCGGCGUUGCACUGGGCGGUGGUGGUGGUAAGCUACCGGCACUCAGCGAAAACCAGGGCCUUACCGAUGAGGCCACCCAUCUGCCGACGAUCGUGCGGCAGCUCGAAAAUACCAAAGUUAACUCACCGCCAAACGAUCCGCCUGCUGCUGGGGGCGGUAAGACGGACGGAUUCUUUGCCAAAUUGGUCCACCUGUUUGACCUGACGCUGCUGCAGGAUAAAGUGUACCUGAACAUGAUGCUGGGCAUGUCGAUAGCGGUGUUUGCGGAGAUUAACUUCUCCCUGCUGACGCCGUUCAUCCUGGGCGAUCUCGGGUACAGCACGGAGCAGAUCGCCUCGAUCAUGUCGACGCUGGCGUUGGCCGAUCUGCUGUUCCGCUUCAUCAGCCCGUUCGUGGGCGACUACCUGAAGCUGACCCCGCGCAUCAUGUACAUGAUAGCGCUGGCGAUGCUGAUCGUGACGCGGUUUAGCAUCCUGCUCGCCCGAUCCUACGACGAGAUGGUGCUCGUAGCGUUCGGGCUGGGCGUCGCCAAGGGCGUGCGAUCGGUGUACAUGAGCCUGGUCAUACCGAGCUACAUACCGCUCAAGCGGUUGCCGUCCGCCUCCAGCAUACAGAUGACCACCAACGGGAUCGUGCUGAUGACGAUCGGGCCGUGCGUGGGGCUGCUGCGCGACUGGACCGGCAGCUACUCGAAGAGUAUCAUUCUCAUCAACGGAUUCACGAUAGUGACGCUGCUCAUGUGGAGCGCCGAGCUGAUCUACGUGCAUCGGUGUCAAAGCCGUGCCAAACAGAAAGUACCUCCCACCGACAAAGGACCGACGAUUGUUGUUUCUUGAUAUUUGCAAGCUACAUCGCGCCGAAAGUGUGUUCUCAACAGUGCUGUAACAAUAAAACUAAAAAAAACCUCUACCUACCGCAGUCAAUCCAAAACAAA